UCCUCCCGGAGUGUCUGCAGGGAGGCGUGCUCGGAACUACGGCUCCCAGCAGCCCGCCCUGGCCGACCGAAGGAAGUGCUGACGGUGAUUCCUCCUGGACUUUGGACACGGAUUUUAAUCCCGAUAAGGACAGGCUGUCGAGGGUCGUGUGUCACGCAGUUCCAGGCAGCCCAGGGAAGGGUCGCAGCGCUCCGUCCAGCCGAGCAGGGAUGGCCGUGCGGGUGGCCGUGCUGCCGUCCCCCCGGUGCCUGUUCGAUGACCCUGUGCAGAUCCGGGUGGCCGGUCUGCAGCCGCAGCAGGCGGUCACCCUCCGAGCCAGCCUGGUGGACGAGAGCGGGGAGCUUUUCCAAGCCCACGCUCUCUACAGAGCUGGGAGCAGCGGAGAGCUCGACCUCAGCCGCUCCCCAGCGCUGGGGGGCAGCUAUGUGGGAGUGGAGCCCAUGGGGCUGCUCUGGGCUCUGCARUCCAAAACGCCCUAUAAGCGCCUGGCAAAGAGGAACGUCCUGACCCCCUUCUGUGUGGACUUGGAAGUGUAUGAGGGCCAUGGGGACAUGAGCCGAUUGCUGGGAAAAUGCACCAAUGAACGAUGGUUUUUAGGAGAGGGGGUGAAGAGGAUUUCGGUCAGAGAAGGUCGACUCAAGGCAACCCUAUUCCUCCCUCCUGGACCUGGCCCAUUCCCUGGACUUAUUGAUUUGUAUGGAUCUGGAGGAGGUCUUAUUGAAUACAGAGCAAGUCUCCUAGCCAGCAGAGGCUUUGUGACUCUGGCUCUGGCUUACAUGUCCUUUGAAGAUAUCCCUGCUAUGCCAGAGGCUCUUGAACUGAGCUAUUUUGAGGAGGCUGUGAACUUUUUGCGGAAGCAGCAGCAGGUGAAGGAUACUGGGAUUGGUGUUUUGGGCUUGUCUAAAGGAGGUGAUCUAGCUCUUUCCGUGGCCACGUUUCUACCUGGCAUCAAGGCAGCUGUCAGCAUAUCUGGAAGUAGUUUUAAUUCCUUCGUGCCCCUGAAGGGGGAUGGCUUCACUAUUCCUGUCCACCCAUAUAACUUGGAAAGGAUUARGAUGACUGAGGAGUCUGGACUAGCAGACUUUUCAGAUGUCUUAGAUGAUCACAUGGAYCCAGCAACUUGGGAUUGUCGCAUUCCUGUGGAGAAGUCCUCAGCAAAGUUCCUCUUCCUGUGUGGACUGGAUGACAAGAACUGGAAAAGUMCCCUCUAUUGCCAGGAGGCUGUUCAGCGCCUUCAGCAGCAUGGACGGGAAGUGGAGUUUUAUUCCUACCCUGGAGCAGGGCACCUCCUGGAGCCACCAUACUUGCCUCUGUGCCAGGUUUCAAUCCACAGGGUGCUUGGGAUGUUUGUGCUUUGGGGAGGGCAGUGGAAUGAGCAUGCUAAAGCCCAAGAAGAUGCAUGGCGCAGGAUACAAGCCUUUUUCUSGAAACAUUUGAUGGACUCAGACAUCCCUAAGAGCAAGCUGUAGUGGAAGCUGUCAAAGAUUCUGGCCGGGGUUGGUAUUUCAGCAUUUGCUGGAUCUUGGAAACUCACCAAAAGCUUCCUGGACUGCCUUCCUCUAAACCCUACUGUUGCAUAGUUGUUUAUUUUCAUUCCCCAAAUAAUUUUCCAUUUUCUAAUUGAAUUUCAGUUGACUUCUGGCCCCACCUUCACUGUAGAUUGGCACCAUCCAGUCUGUGUGCUGUAGUCUGAAAUAAACCCAGCAUCCCAUCA